AUGCAUUAUUUUUUUCAAGAGCGAGGAAAUCCGAAGGAAACGUGUUGGUCCGAGCAGUUUGUACGUCAGUCAAAUGGAGCAUUAACGGCACAGUAGUCGCACUUUUUUGCGGCUACACGAGGUGAAUCCCGUGGGUAAAAUCACGGGCGUGGUGGUCGACAAGUGAAGGUUGGCGCGUGGCCCGGGAGGAAGAGGCGGAGGGGGUGAUAUCAGUGGGAUACCACCCGAGGGAUAAGGCGACCGUCGCUUUUGGCCCAAAAUGUCGAUCCAAUACGAGGUGGAGCAGCUUGCGGGUAGCUACGGGGUGGCCGACUCGUUCCCCAAAGACUUCGGCUACGGGGACGAAGAGGCGGACAUCGAGGACAGCCCGGCGCCGUCCGACAGCAAGCCGAGAAUCCUGCUCAUGGGGCUGAGGAGAAGUGGCAAGUCAUCCAUACAGAAGGUGGUAUUCCACAAAAUGUCGCCUAACGAGACAUUGUUCCUGGAGAGCACCAAUAAAAUCUACAAGGACGACAUCUCCAGCAGCUCCUUCGUCAACUUCCAGAUCUGGGACUUCCCGGGCCAAGUGGACUUCUUCGACCCCACCUUUGACUACGAGAUGAUCUUCAGGGGAACCGGAGCCCUCAUAUUUGUCAUCGACGCUCAGGAUGACUACGUGGAGGCCCUGGGGCGACUCCACCUGACCGUGUCGCGGGCGUACCGGGUCAACCCGGAGAUCAACUUCGAGGUGUUCAUCCACAAAGUGGACGGCCUCUCGGACGACCACAAGAUCGAGACCCAGCGGGACAUUCACCAGAGGGCCAAUGACGACCUGGCCGACGCCAGCCUGGAGAAGCUUCAUCUCAGCUUCUACUUGACGAGCAUCUACGACCACUCCAUCUUUGAGGCCUUCAGCAAGGUGGUGCAGAAGCUCAUCCCGCAGCUGCCCACGCUGGAGAACCUGCUCAACAUCUUCAUUUCUAAUUCCGGGAUCGAGAAGGCCUUCCUGUUCGACGUGGUGAGCAAGAUCUACAUCGCCACCGACAGCUCCCCCGUGGACAUGCAGUCGUACGAGCUGUGCUGCGACAUGAUUGACGUGGUCAUUGACGUUUCCUGCAUCUACGGUCUGAGAGAGGAUGGCAGCGGCAGCGCUUACGACAAGGAGUCCAUGGCCAUCAUCAAGCUCAACAACACCACUGUGCUCUACCUGAAGGAGGUCACCAAGUUCUUGGCGCUCGUAUGCAUCCUGAGGGAAGAAAGCUUCGAGCGCAAAGGCUUGAUCGACUACAACUUCCACUGUUUCCGCAAGGCCAUCCACGAAGUAUUCGAGGUGGGCGUGUCGGCACAGCGCCCGCUCGGGACGCUGCCCAUGGGCUCGCCGGCGCGCGGCAAGGCCAUGGCGCUCAACGGCACGCCGCGCAACACCGUCUAAUAUGCUUGACGCCCGCAAAAGACGCUAAGGAGCAGCCCAAAAGCGGCCAAAGGAAGAGACGAAGGCUCACGCGGACAGGCGGGCCUAAAAUGGCCACCCGCAGAGGACAAGGACUUCUUUCUUUGGCGUGUGAAGACGAACGACCCACGGGAGGGACCAAUGGUCGCUGCGUCGGCAGGAUUGCGAUGCGGUCACUUGUUGAGGAAAUAAAAAAUUAAAUACUGAAGGUAAGGCACGCAGGAAAGACGGCCUUGCCAAAGCAGCACGAGCACCUCGCACCUGAGUCGCACAUGUCACUUCCUGUGACUGCACGCGUCCAUAGAGCGCACUCGAAAGGGAUUGAUUGAUUGAUUGAUUGUAUGUAUGCUUGCGUGUGUCUGUGUGUGAAUGCACGUGUGAAUGCGCGUUUGUGUGUCGGGUUGAGCCAAUGACACUUCUCAAUAAAGACAUCAAAUUCAAUGCA